GAAGUCUUCUUUUGCGUUCCUCUCAUUCUCAUUUCUCAACACUCGGGAUCAAAUAGUAACGGAAGGGGAAAGAAGCGGGGACUGAGGUUUUCUCGUCCUCACCGUAUCUGCGAUUUCUCCUUCUCGCCAGAUUUCAUCGACAAAAUGUCUCGUGUUUACGUGGGUAACUUGGAUCCUCGGGUUAGUGAGCGUGACCUUGAGGACGAGUUCCGGAAAUUCGGUGUGAUCAGAAGUGUUUGGGUUGCCCGACGACCUCCAGGUUACGCCUUUAUCGACUUUGAUGACAAAAGGGAUGCUCAGGAUGCUAUUCAUGAGUUAGAUGGUAAAAAUGGAUGGAGAGUCGAGAUGUCCCACAAUUCAAGAGGUGGCGGUGGUGGUAGAGGUGAAGGUGGUAGAGGUGGAGGCCGGUUUGGAGGUUCAGAUUUGAAGUGCUAUGAGUGUGGGGAGCCAGGUCAUUUUGCACGUGAAUGUCGAUCGCGUGGUGGUUCAGGAAGAAGACGAAGCCGCAGUCCUAGAUACCGAAGGAGUCCCAGUUAUGGCCGAAGGAGUUACAGUCCUCGAGGAGGAAGAUCCCCUAGACGCCCUAUUGAUUCACCCCGCCGCAGCAUCAGCAGGUCACCACCACCAUACCGUGGACGUGAAGAGGCACCACCCUAUACCAAUGGCUGCUUAGAGAGGCUAUUUUCUUCCAAGUGGCCCAGCCAUCCUAGCCUCUCUGAAGGUUCGGCUGGUGCCUGGCUUUCUGCACCUGUUGCAGCAUUCAACCUGAAACUGAUGGUAGCGAAGAUUUCAUUUGACGCAAUGUCUCGCGUUUACAUUGGUAAUUUGGAUCCGCGGGUUAGUGAGCGUGAACUGGAGGACGAGUUCAGGAAAUUUGGUGUGAUCAGAAGUGUUUGGGUUGCCCGCCGACCUCCAGGUUAUGCCUUUAUCGAAUUUGAUGACAAAAGGGAUGCUCAAGAUGCUAUUCAUGAGCUAGAUGGUAAAAAUGGCUGGAGAGUUGAGAUGUCUCACAACUCUAGAGGUGGUGGUGGUAGGGGCGGUGAAGGUGGUAGGGGUGGAGGUGGUCGGUUUGGAGGAGUUACAGUCCUCGUGGUGGAAGAUCUCCCAGACGCCGUAGUAUUUCACCCCGCCAGCGCAGCUUCAGCAGGUCACCACCACCAUACCGUGGGCGUGAAGAGGCACCACCCUAUGCCAAUGGCAACGGUCUGAGGGACAGGCGCCGGAGCAGGAGUUAGAUAUCUUAAUAUCACAGCUUCAUUGAAGCUUAUUGGGUUAGGCAUGCUUAAUGUGUUAGUGCUUCACUACGACUGUGUUGAGGCUCUGCUUCUUGGACUUGGAUAAGUUCCCUUCUGACUUAUGUGUAUGUGAAACUAGCUUUAUAUUUUGUUGGUUUUUCAUAUUUUUAAACAUUAUGUAGAGUAGUAGUAGCUCUUUAAGCCGGAUUGUUCCUAGUAUUGGUACUAAACACUUAUGAUUUUCUUUUGUGUUGAGGUUUCAUCUGCGUCUGCUUCUGCUUCAAAUCUUCCGUUGGUUUUCUGCUUCUUCACUUCCGGUUUCAUUCUCUGCCGCACUUCUUCGUUGGUUUUGUGCUUCGCUUCCGGUUUCAUUCUCUGCUACCCAUCGUCUGUUGCUUUUGUGCUUCUUCGCUUCCGGUUUCAUUCUCUGCUGCCCAUCGUCUAUUGGUUUGUGCUUCUUCGCUUCCGGUUUCAUUCUCUGCUGCCCCUGCAUUUGCGAUCUUCAAUAUCGAUUGGUGGGGGUCCGUACUACAUGUCUACUCCUGCCUAUGGUCUAGACAAUUCUGUUUGAUUGAAAUCUUCCAGCCAUGGUCUAGAUGCUUCUGUUUGAUAGAACUCUGCUGCUGCCUAUGAUGUGCCACCCUCAAUUUCGAUCGGGAUUUCUUGUGUUUAACAUGAGAGAAGGCCUCCAUCAAACUCUUCUGGCAGUUCCAAGUUUGUCUUUGGUGUUGAAGUGGUUCUUCACUCAUGUGCUGAGGACUUUGGACUCUCGUCGAAAAGUAUGACAUAUUCAACUGAGAAUCUACUGUGUAGUUAGCUGAUUUGGGAGUCUAUCCAUCUUCAUGUGGCUCAGCAAUCCGAGCCUCAGCCCUUGGCUUUAUAGCAUUUGUUCUGUUCAACGCGUGGGGUUGUGGUACGUAGUUUUGUCUACCCAGUUAUGUUGUCUCGUCUGCCAACAGUAUUGUUGUGGGGGUGAUGAUGAUGCUAUGCACCAUGGUCUUUACGUCGACUUCUUAUCUAUGAAAGCUGAUGAUUGAUGGUUGGCAUCACAUAGUCGAUAUAUAGUCUGUAUGUUUGAUUGAAGGUGUGUCAUAAAGUGUUGACAGUUCCAAGGUUGUCCUUUGUUGAAGUGGUUCUUCACUCAUCAUGUGCCGAGGACUUUGGACUGUCUCGUCGAAAAGUGUGGCGUAUUCCACUGAGAAUCUACUGUGCCGUUAGCUGAUUCAAGAGACCAUCCAUCUUCAAGUGGCUCAGCCAUCCGAGCCUCACUGGAGCCUCUGUUCUUGGCUUGAUAACCUUUGUUCUGUUCAAACAGAUAUAGAUAGUCAGAUACUCCGCCUUUUGCAGGUUACUCUUACGCGGGGUUGUGGUACGCAGUUUUGUCCACCCAGCCAUGUUGUCUCGUCUGCCAACAGUAUUGCUCUGUGGUGAAGAUGAUGAUGCUAUACACCAUGGUGUUUACGUCGACUUCUCUCGUCUCCGAAUGCUGAUGAUCGAGGGUUUGCAUCUUGUAGUUGCUAUGUAGUCUUUGUUUUUAGCACUUUAGAGGCACGGGCCUUCUGUGUCCUGUUCCGUAGAACUGUAGCGUUGUUAAGUGUGUAGGUUUAGAUGGUUUGAUAAUUGGGGAUGUGUUUCUGUGUCUGCAGUUGAUGCACAUUAUAUUGUGGCAGCGUUACGUUGCGAUAUUCUAGUGUGCCCUUGCUCGUCAAAACCAUUUGCAGCAUCUCUUCCCCUCGUAGUGUUAGUAUGUAAGGGUCUUGCACUAGGGUCACACAGGCAGGGGAGG